AUGUUGUCCGACAAAGAAUUGUUUGAGAUCAACAAGAAGGCGGUCACCGAGGGCUUCAAGAUCAAGCCUCGUGUUAACUAUAACACCGUUGGUGGUGUCAACGGUCCGCUGGUCAUUCUGGAGAACGUAAAGUUCCCUCGUUACAACGAGAUUGUCAACUUGACAUUGCCUGAUGGAACCAUUCGUGCUGGACAAGUGCUGGAGGUCAGAGGUGAUCGUGCGAUUGUCCAAGUGUUUGAAGGAACCUCCGGUAUCGAUGUCAAGAAGACCCGUGUCGAGUUCACCGGCCAAAAUCUCAAGAUCCCGGUCAGUGAAGACAUGCUCGGAAGAGUUUUUGAUGGUUCUGGUAGACCAAUUGAUAACGGACCUAAGGUUUUUGCCGAGGACUACUUGGACAUCAACGGUUCGCCAAUCAACCCCUUUGCCCGUAUUUACCCCGAGGAAAUGAUCUCCACGGGUAUCUCCGCCAUUGACACCAUGAACUCCAUUGCCAGAGGCCAGAAGAUCCCAAUUUUCUCUGCUUCCGGUCUGCCACACAACGAGAUUGCUGCUCAGAUCUGUAGACAGGCCGGUCUGGUUAGACCAACCAAGGACGUGCACGACGGUCAUGAGGAAAACUUCUCCAUAGUGUUCGCAGCCAUGGGUGUUAACUUGGAAACCUCGAGAUUCUUUAAGCAGGAUUUCGAGGAGAACGGGUCUCUGGAGAGAACAUCGUUGUUCUUGAACUUGGCCAAUGAUCCAACUAUUGAGAGAAUCAUCACCCCACGUCUGGCACUGACCACCGCCGAAUACCUGGCCUACCAAACUGAGCGUCACGUGCUCACUAUCUUGACGGACAUGUCUUCAUAUGCUGAUGCGCUCAGAGAAGUUUCUGCUGCCAGAGAAGAGGUUCCCGGUAGACGUGGUUACCCCGGUUACAUGUACACCGAUUUGUCAACCAUUUACGAACGUGCUGGUAGAGUCGAAGGCAGAAACGGGUCCAUUACGCAGAUUCCAAUUCUCACCAUGCCUAAUGACGAUAUCACGCAUCCUAUUCCAGAUUUGACCGGGUAUAUCACCGAGGGCCAGAUCUCCGUGGAUCGUCAACUGCACAACCGUGGUAUCUAUCCUCCAAUCAACGUGCUGCCCUCUUUGUCGAGACUGAUGAAGAGUGCCAUUGGAGAGGGAAUGACCAGAAAGGACCACGGUGAUGUCUCGAACCAGCUGUACGCUAAAUACGCCAUUGGUAGAGACGCUGCUGCCAUGAAGGCCGUGGUUGGUGAAGAGGCUCUGUCCAUCGAGGAUAAGCUGUCUUUGGAGUUCUUGGAGAAGUUCGAAAAGACUUUCAUUGCCCAGGGUGCUUACGAUAACAGAACUGUGUUCGAGUCCUUGGACCAGGCCUGGUCUCUGCUCAGAAUCUAUCCUAAGGAAAUGCUGAACAGAAUCUCUCCAAAGAUCCUUGCUGAGUUCUACGACCGUGAUAGAUCCGAGGAGGAGCCAAGCGCUCCAAUCAUUGAAACUUAG